AUGGCGGCCAAGGUGAAGAGGCGACCCCUUGCAGUUGCUGCUGCUGCUGCUGCCGCCGAUGUGUGUGGCGUUGCCGGCAGCCUGCCUGAACCGGUUCAGGCAGGCGGCAGCCGCCUGCUGCCGCUGCAGCUGGCGGCAGCUGCGGUGCCGCAGCUGCUUGCUGAGUCCUCCACCGCCUCCUCCAGUGCCUUCUGGCCGCCCACUGUCGCCUGCCCGCAAUCCUGCGCUGCCAGGGCUGAUCGGGAGGGGGGCUGCCGGCUGCUGGUGGGGGCCACAACUCCGCAGAGGGCUGUUCGGGAGGGGGGCUGCCGGCUGCUGGUGGGGGCCACAACUCCGCAGAGGGCUGUUCGGGAGGGGGGCUGCCGGCUGCUGGUGGGGGCCACAACUCCGCAGAGGGCUGUUCCGGAGGGGGGCUGCCGGCUGCUGGUGGGGGCCACAACUCCGCAGAGGGCUGUUCAGGAGGGGGGCUGCCGGCUGCUGGUGGGGGCCACAACUCCGCAGAGGGCUGUUCAGGAGGGGGGCUGCCGGCUGCUGGUGGGGGCCACAACUCCGCGGAGGGCUGUUCAGGAGGGGGGCUGUCGGCUGCUGGUGGGGGCCACAACUCCGCGGAGGGCUGUUCAGGAGGGGGGCUGUCGGCUGCUGGUGGGGGCCACAACUCCGCGGAGGGCUGUUCAGGAGGGGGGCUGCCGGCUGCUGGUGGGGGCCACAACUCCGCAGAGGGCUGUUCAGGAGGGGGGCUGCCGGCUGCUGGUGGGGGCCACAACUCCGCAGAGGGCUGUUCAGGAGGGGGGCUGUCGGCUGCUGGUGGGGGCCACAACUCCGCAGAGGGCUGUUCGGGAGGGGGGCUGCCGGCUGCUGGUGGGGGCCACAACUCCGCAGAGGGCUGUUCAGGAGGGGGGCUGCCGGCUGCUGGUGUCCUCACGUCUGCGGCACGAAGGCCCAUGA